AUGACACAAAGUAUGAUUAAUGCAAUUGUUAAAGUGUUGUCACCAACACAAAAAAAAGCAGUUUAUGAUAUGGGAUUUGGUUCAUUAUUGAAGUUAGAUAUGGAUGUUGUACCAGGAUUGCUAAACUAUUAUCUUCUAGAUGUGUACGAUCCAGAAAGCAAUAGGCUUAUGAUGGAGAAUGGAGUGCUUGAAAUAACAAAAGAGCUUGUGCAUAAGAUGAUGGGUUUAGCAAUGGAAGGUGAUGAUCUAUGUAGAAUGCCUUACUAUGAAACAGGAAAUGAGAUUCUAGAAGAAUGGAAAGUGUUGUCAAUUCUUUAA